CAGGGAGAAAUGAAACACAAAGUGGAUAAAGGUGCCACCUACCAUCUAUCACAUACACAUUAUGGUCCUUUCAUGGCACGGUAGGCACCAAACCCUACUGAUGUACAGACUUCAUCCUGCAGGAUUCUCAUCUCAUCUCAGGAACUGACUGCACUUUACAAAGUCCACAAAGGACCAGGACCUCUGCAUAACAGCCUAAUCUCACUUUUGGGGAGUGCAACUAGUAGUGGGCAAGUGAUUCAAGGUGACUAGGAGGAGCACUUGCAUCUCAGCUCUCAGUUUGCUCUCCUCUACCGCAUCUGAAGGUCAUCUCAACAGUGAAGAAUUCCAAAAAUGGAAAUUGGGAGUGAUUUGUGCUUGCGAGUUUCUAAAUGUGGGAGUUUCACAUUUUCAGGUGCAACUGCAGGUUUCCCUGCUACUUUGAAGAGGCUUGAAAUGGACUCCUGAGGAAAAAAAAAACUACACUGUCCUCUUUCCCACCCCUACCUGAACUGGGGGAAUGUUGCUUAACCUGCUGAGUCCAAAGCAUGAGCUAGAUUGAGAGGUGAGAAAAUUAUGUAAAGUGCUUGUGCUGGUGAAAGUCUGACGAAAGGAAACAACCCUGUUCUACUGAGAGAAUGUGAAAGGAAAGCAAAGAAUUAUAAAAAUGGCUACGACGGCAGCAAAUACUCAAAGACAAACGAUAGGCUGUGAGGAGUACAGCCUGUACAGUAGCCUGAGUGAAGAUGAGCUUAUAAAGAUGGCCAUCCAGCAGAGCUUGGAAGAGGACCCGGCGGGUCAGCCAGCGGCCCAGAGCCCCCAGAAGUCGCUGGUGGCCCGUGCUGGUGAGGUGGGCGCUCCGAGCCGUGCCAGCCCCCACAACCCUCCCUACCGCAUCUACCCCUGGCAAAGAUUGGCGGCCCAGCAGACAGGCCGUGCUCAGCCAUCCAGCUCGGGGGCAGCCUGGGGGGUCAGGCGAAGGUACGACAGCAGCCUGUUCAGCACAUCCCAGUCCGUAGAAAUUGACCCUGUAGUGGCAGCAAUCAGGGAUGGAGAUGAAAAAGCAGUAUGCAACAUGAUGAAAUCAGGAAAAAACCUUUCUGUACCUAAUAAGGAUGGCUGGAUACCCCUCCACGAAGCUGCAUACUAUGGCCAAGUGGGCUGCCUCAGCCUGUUGCAAAAAGCAUACCCAGGCACCAUUGACCAGCGCACCCUCAAUGAGGAGACAGCUCUCUACCUGGCCACCAGCCGGGGCAACCUGGACUGCCUGCUCACCCUGCUGCAGGCUGGGGCUGAGCCCGACAUCUCCAACAAGGCCAGAGAAACGCCGCUCUACAAAGCUUGUGAGCGCAAAAAUGCAGAGGCUGCAAGGCUCCUGGUGCAGUACAAUGCAGAUACCAACCAUCGCUGCAACCGAGGCUGGACUGCUCUCCAUGAGGCUGUCUCCCGAAAUGACCUGGAGAUCAUUGAUAUCCUUGUGAAAGGAGGUGCCAAGAUUGAGUCUGCAAAUGCCUAUGGGAUCACUUCUUUAUUUGUGGCAGCUGAGAGUGGGCAGCUGGAAGCUUUGAGAUACCUUGCAAGAUGUGGUGCUGAUAUAAAUACACAAGCCAGUGAUAACGCCUCUGCUCUUUAUGAAGCCUGCAAAAAUGGACAUAUUCCUAUUGUGGAGUUUCUUUUGUCCCAAGGAGCAGAUGCUAACAAAGCCAAUAAGGAUGGCCUGUUACCUCUUCACAUAGCAGCCAAAAAAGGGAUUUGCGAGAUUGUCUCCAUGCUGAUCCCUGUCACCAGCCGCACCCGUGUCAAGCGUAGUGGCAUCAGCCCCCUGCACUUAGCGGCCGAACGCAACAAUGACGAUAUCUUGGAAGAGCUGAUAGACGCUGGCUACGAGGUCAACACUGCCCUCUCUGAUGAACGGUCCUGCCUUUAUGAGGACAGACGCACCACCCCACUCUAUUUUGCUGUUUUUAACAAUAAUAUCUACGCCACAGAGCUGCUGCUGCAAGCUGGAGCCAACCCCAAUGUUGACCUCAUUAACCCAUUACUCAUCUCCAUCCGCCACGGCUGCCUGAAGACCAUGAAACUGCUUCUUGACCAUGGGGCAAACAUUGAUGCCUAUAUAUCAAGUCAUCCCACCACAUUUCCAGCUACCAUCAUGUUUUCAAUGAAGUACCUUUCCGUGCUGAAGUAUCUCCUGGAUCUGGGCUGUGAUGCAGGUUCCUGUUUUGAGUGUCAGUACGGAAAUGGCCCACACCCUGCAUUAAAUUACAGGCGGGAAAGACUUAAUGAUCCUCAGGUGACCAGAGAGCCAACUGUAGUACAGUUUUGUGAAAUGGUGUCUACUCCAGAGAUAAGUCGCUGGGCUGGGCCGAUCAUUGACGUUCUUCUGGAUUAUGUGGGUAACGUGCAGCUCUGUUCCCGGCUCAAGGAGCAUAUUGACAGCUAUGAGGACUGGGCUGUCAUUAAAGAAAAAGCAGAACCUCCACGACCUCUUUCCCAUCUUUGCCGCAUCAAGGUACGGAGCCUGGUUGGAAGAAACCGCAUCAAACUCCUUAACACCCUGCCUCUCCCAGACAGACUGAUCCGAUAUUUACAGCACGACUACUCACAGUGACCCCAAGCACACUGCAUAUGCAGCAGCGUCCUGGCGUGGCACCCGGCACCACCACUGUGGCACAGGUGCACACCGGGGAGGAAUUGCUGCAGGCUUGGUCAAGCACCCUCCCAUGACUAAUCCAAGAGAAAUGUCCUUUUGAAGCAUGAGUGAGAAGAAAAUGGAGGAGACAGUUAACACAAGAGACUGCUGUUAGGUUUUUCAAGAGAAAACACGAUUCAGCUCAGACCUCAGUCUGAGAAGAAGAAGAAAUGAGAGCCAACACUGACAAAUGAGUAGUGCUGAAGCAAGUAUCAGUGAGGAAUUCAAAAGUGUCCUGAACCUGUGGUGGAGCAUAGCACCCUUGCUGUGGUCACAACUCAGAACUUGUCAAGAAUCAAUGUAUUUGGGAAAACAAUCACAUUGCCUUCACUGACUGAGAUUUAUAUUGUAGUUUCUAUUCUAUUAUCUGGAUUUAUGUGAAGUGUGUUGGUUGCUAAUUCUCAGAUAUUUUGACACCACCUUGCUAGCACUUCUUUUUUUGUACUUUUCAUUUUGAGUACUUGAUUUCUGAACCUUCAAAUCUCAGAAGAUUUAAUAGACUAAAAUCCAGAAAUGCUGAAUCCUUUAAAAGUCAAGGAAAGGUUUAUUUAAGGAGGUGGAAGAAUUAUAUUUGCCCACAGUGAAUACAGUUCAUUUUGUAUUUUAUUUGCAAUAGGAAGUAAGUGAAAUUUUGCUUGAGAGAAUUUCCUAGACUGGGGAUUUGAAAGCAACCCUAAGCUCUUUUUUUUGGUGUAAAUUAGAAGUAGCUGUACUGUAAACAGUAGGUUUAUAUUUUCAUAAAGCUGGUGUCAGAACAGAACAAAGCCCUAGAGGAGCUGGAACAGAGAGUGAUGUGAAGGAGAGAGGCAACACUGCUGAACCAACUUAUUCUCUUCCUCCCCCAGAAGAUCUUAUCUCUACAAAACCCAGCCUCUCCAACCUCCUUGGACCUUUAUGGCUGUAACAAUACUAUGAUUGAAAGUAAAAGAAAUUAUUUCAAAAUUA